AUGCCUCCCAGACUCCGCCUGCGCACGCUCGCGCAGCUCGCAGAGCUUCAAGUCGAAGCUGCUUCCACAUACACGUGCGGUCGUUGCUCGCGACUAUACGCAACAGCAGCAGCAGCGCAGUCAAUAGCGACAACACCGGCUCCUUCAGAUGCGCAAAUGCGAGCCUCGAUACCAACCCUCUCGCGCUACUCGCCCGUGCAACCCCCCUCGCACCGCAACCCAGCCUACCGAAAGUCCCAGCUGCUGCGCUCCUACGUCUCGCUCCUCCAGACGACGCCGUUGAUCAUCUUCUUCCAACACAACAACCUGAAGGCUACCGAGUGGGUGAGCAUCCGACGCGAGCUGGCCUCGGCACUCCGAAAGGUCGACGCACAACUCGCCGCGCAGGGCAAACCUCCGCACGAGCUGAUCGGAGAGUACAUCAAGUUACAAGUCAUAAAGACCAACAUGUUCGAACCAGCCCUCCGAAUCGCCGAGUACUUCAAACCGCUACCGGCGCCAGAACUGAUUGGCGGCCUAGCAGGCAUCCCAUCGGAAAAGGAUGAUCCCUCCUUGACACACGUGCUGUCGGUGGCAGCAUACGAAGCGGCGCAGCAGCACAAGAACGAACAUCCCCUAACACCUGUAUUGGCCGGCUCCGUGGCCAUUCUGACCCUCCCGGCCGUUUCGCCGACCUAUCUCAAGACCGCAUUUUCGAUACUAUGCCCCCAGGCACCCCGCUUCCCUGCCCCGACGAGGAGAGCAGUACCCCAAUACUACGAGCCAUCAGUACAGGACGGGUUGAAGAAGCUCAUGCUCCUUGGGGCGCGGAUCGACGGACAACUCUUCGACAUGGACGGCACGCGAUGGGUGGGUAGCAUCGAAGGUGGAAUUGACGGGUUGCGCGCACAACUGGUCGGCAUGCUGCAGGGCUUCGGGGCCUCGGUGGUGCACACUCUGGAGAGCGGUUCAAGAAGCCUCUGGUUCACGAUGGAGAGCAGACGGAGGAUGUUGGAGGAGGAAGAGAAUCCCAAGGGCGAGGAUGGGGAGGCAAAGAAGGAAUGA